CCGCCGCGGCUCCGCCGGGGCGGGGACAGCGGCGGGAGGGAGGAGGCGGGGGGGCCGCGGCCCCGCGGCGCUGACAGUCCCGUCCCCCCCCCCGGUUCCCUUCCCUUCCCGCUGGCCGCCCCGCCCCGCGGCAGCCCGGCCUCCGGCGCGGCUCUCCCCGGCCCCUCGGCGGGCAGCCCCCGGCGGGAAGAUGUGGGUGAAGCUGUGCUGUUUGCUGCUCUACUUCCUGGCGCUCUUCGUCCUGGCCAGGGUGUUCGAGGCCGUGGCGUGGUACGAGAGCGGCUUCCUCGCCACGCAGCUGGUGGACCCGGUGGCCCUGAGCUUCAGGAAGCUGCGGACCAUCCUGGAGUGCCGGGGGCUGGGGCACUCGGGGCUGCCCGAGAAGAAGGAUGUGCGGGAGCUGGUGGAGAAGUCAGGCGACCUUAUGGAAGGAGAGCUUUAUUCUGCUCUCAAGGAGGAAGAGGCCUCUGAAUCGGUUUCCAGUACAAACUUUAGUGGUGAAAUGCACUUCUAUGAGCUUGUAGAAGACACAAAAGAUGGGAUCUGGCUGGUACAGGUCAUAGCAAACGACAGAAGCCCACUGGUGGGUAAAGUCCACUGGGAGAAAAUGGUGAAGAAAGUUUCAAGAUUCGGCAUACGUACUGGCACUUUUAACUGUUCCAGUGACCCCAGGUACUGCAGGCGGAGGGGCUGGCUGAAAUCCACCCUCAUUAUGUCGGUUCCACAAACCAGUACCUCUAAGGGAAAAGUGAUGCUUAAGGAAUACAGCGGGCGCAAAAUCGAAGUGGAGCACAUUUUCAAAUGGAUCACAGCCCAUGCUGCUUCUCGGAUCAAAACCAUCUACAACUCUGAACAUUUAAAAGAAGAAUGGAACAAAAGUGACCAGUACCAUGUGAAAAUAUACCUGUUUGCCAACCUCGACCAGCCGCCGGCGUUCUUCUCUGCACUGAGUGUAAAGUUUACUGGAAGAGUAGAGUUUAUUUUUGUGAACGUGGAAAACUGGGACAAUAAAAGUUACAUGGCAGAAAUUGGUGUCUACAAGACACCAUCGUACAUACUUAGGACUCCCGAGGGGAUUUACAGGUAUGGAAAUAACACUGGUGAAUUUAUAUCACUACGUGCCAUGGAUUCCUUUUUGCGCUCAUUACAACCAGAAGUUAAUGAUUUAUUUGUCUUAAGCUUAGUUUUGGUUAAUCUGAUGGCUUGGAUGGACCUGUUCAUUACACAAGGCGCUACUAUAAAGCGUUUUGUGGUUCUUAUAAGCACUUUAGGGACGUAUAAUUCAUUAUUAAUUAUUUCCUGGCUACCCGUCUUAGGUUUUUUGCAACUACCUUACUUAGACAGCUUUUAUGAGUACAGUUUAAAACUCUUCAGGUACUCUAACACAACUACUUUGGCUUCUUGGGUAAGAGCCGACUGGAUGUUCUACUCUUCACAUCCAGCCCUCUUCCUCAGCACGUACCUUGGUCAUGGUUUACUAAUUGAUUACUUUGAGAAGAAAAGAAGACGCAAUAACAACGCCGAUGAAGUAAAUGCUAAUAAUCUGGAGUGGCUGUCAAGCCUCUGGGACUGGUACACCAGCUACUUGUUUCAUCCUAUUGCCUCUUUUCAACACUUUCCUUUUGACUCUGAUUGGGAUGAAGACCCGGAUUUGUUCUUGGAGCGGUUGGCCUUCCCUGAUCUCUGGCUUCACCCUCUGAUACCAACCGAUUACAUAAAAAACUUACCGAUGUGGAGGUUUAAAUGCCUUGGUGUCCAUUCUGAUGAGGAAAUGCUGGAAACCUUUCAAGACAGCGAAAGUGACUCUGACAGUGAAAACAAAGAGGUCUUCAGUAGUGAAAAAGAAGUCUCGGAGGACGAUGAUCUGAACACAUUUCAUAGCCGCAGUGAAGGAGAGCCUCGGUGCAGUACUGAGACCUGUUCAUGUGCCAAUAAAUAUUGCCAUCCCGAGCCAUAUGAACGGAAAGUGCGAUCCUACGGCUCGUACAGCACCGCGGGUGACAUGGAGCCGGAUUGGUCAGCCUGGCCCUCCGACAUGUUGCACUGUACAGAAUGUGUUGUGUGUCUAGAAAAUUUUGCAAAUGGUUGUCUGCUCAUGGGCCUGCCCUGCGGCCACGUAUUCCACCAGAAUUGCAUCGUGAUGUGGCUGGCCGGCGGGCGACACUGCUGCCCUGUCUGCAGGUGGGCUUCAUACAAAAAAAAGCAGCCAUACACACAUCCGCAGCCUUUGUCGAGUGAUGCCCCAUCUUAGCUGUGUGCUGAUGUCCUUUGUAAGCUUUCAGGAUAUUACUGCUUGCCUUUUAAAUGUUAGUCACUUAAAAGAUUAUGUGGUUUGAAGUUUUAGUUUAAAUGUUAGUGCAGUGAACUAAAAUAUACAUGAUGCUAACGUUAACGACAGAAUCAUUUGGUUGCCUUGUAUGUUGAACUGAACGCAUACUUAUCGUACAAUAACUUCUUUUUAACAUCUGGAAACUCGAUGCUGUUUUUGUAAGCACAAAAAUCAAGCCUACAACAGAAGCAUAUUCCAGCAAACGUUUACAAGUUAGGAUGUGGGUGAAAUUGAAAUUCUAAUCGGAGACAGUUGCUUAAUUUAAGUGUUUCUUAUUUUAGAGUCUGUUCAGCACAUCUUUGUUGAAUAAUGUACGUUGUAAGACAGUACCAUUUAAAAAGAAAUCAGUGAAAUAAAUUAUUUUAAAAGGAGAUUUGUAAUGUUAAUUGUUUUGAUAAAUAUUUUGUGUGUAUGGUCACGGAUGUCUUGCUGGUCUGAUUUAUCUGUGAAGACAAUAAAAAUAUAACACAA